CUCUCCUCGUCCCUGUAGCACCUCCUCCCUCCUCCCUCCUCCCUCUGUUAUCAGAUGAGUCGGUGGAGUCAGUGUGUGUUUGUGUGUGUGUUCAGUCAGUAGCAUGGCGUCUCUCAGCUUCCUGCUGCUCAGCACCGCUCUGAUCCACACCGCCCAGGCUCUACCUGCAGCUCGCGGCGGGGGGCGUGGCCUGGAUGUCUCAGUGAGUGGAGUCAGACGCCAGCGCAGAGACCUCCGUAACCUGCUGCCUUAUGAGGAGCAGAUGAUGUCAUAUCCUGCCACUCAGGGAGGAGGCAGGGCCAACGACCUGUACUAUCAAUCAGAUGACUGGAGGGGGCGGGGCUUGGACCAGGCCCUGCAGCGAUUGGUGGAGAGGGACCAGAAGCGGGAGCAAGAAGAGGAGCAGCGAGCAGCUUACCUGGCUGCUCUGCUCCGCCUACUGAGCGAGGCAGAGAGCGCGGGAUUGGUCGGCCCGGGUGACGUGGAGGUGGUGGAGGAAGAGGAAGAUGAGGAGGACGAUCAGGCGCCACCAGGGGACUUCCAGGGCCCGGCCCCUCCAGACUACGAUGAAACGGGGCGGGGGCUGAACAUGGGGAGACCCCCAGCUGCCUGGUGGGGCCUCCUGGAGCCCCAGCUGGCUCAGGCACUGCUGGACAGGAUGGAGCCUCAGGUGGCUCAGACGCUGCUGGAGCGAGCGAGACAGGAGAGACUUCAGCAGGCUGGACGAGUUUCAUCAGGACUGAACGGAGGAGGAGACCAGGACACUCUGAGACGUCUGGUUGCUAGGUUACUGUCCAGCAUUGGCCCUAACAACGCCCAGGUGAUCUCCUCCGGACGCCGAGCGAGGAGGGACCUGUCUGUCGCAGCAGUUGAACCCGUUAGCUCUGCCCACAGGAGAACCCGCCGUUCCCUUGACAACGUGGCUCCUCCAUCACCUAGCAACGACCCCCCUCUGCUCAGAGUGAAGAGGCUGGAGGAGGAGGAGGAGGAGCUCCACCCCCCCACUGCUGGGCUGCAGAGGAUGAAACGCAUCGAUACCAUGGCAACAGCAGCUGUGGAAGAACUGAAUCAUGGGAGUCGUAGGCGCCGGAGGAGAGCUGCCCUGAACUACGACCCCCAAAUACUGAUCGAUCAGAUUGUGGAGUACAUGAGGGAGUAAGAAGAGAAGAAAGGAGGAGGAGAGGAGAGAAGAGAGAGGAGGAGGAGAGGAGAGGAGAGGAGAAGAGAGGAGAGGAGAGGAAAGGAGGAGAAGAGAGGAGGAGAGGGGAGGAGAGAAGAGAGAGGAGGAGGAGAGGAGAGGAGAGGAGAGGAGAGAGAAGGAGAAGAGAGGAGGAGGGAGAGGAGAGGAGAGCAGAGGAGAGGAGGAGAAGAUACUGUAGAUGGAGGGAGGAGGAGGAGGAGGAGGUGUAUUUUGUCGUUGUCUUUUUAUUUCCUGUAAUUUUUUUUGCUGCUUUUGGUGAAAAUGUAUCUGAUCAGUCGUUUGUUGCUAAAAUGAAAAAAAAAAACAGAUGGAGGAGUGAAGUGGGCGGAGCUUUAGUUUACAAAAUCUGUAAUUUCAUAACAAAUUCCUUCAAGUUUCCUGGAAAGUUUCCUGGAAAGGACGACGUAAUUCGAUACAGAAACAUGAAGAUAGAAAGAUGCCAAAUAAUAAACGAUCAUUGUUCUGACAUUAAUUCAUGAAUAGAAACGUAACAUUGAACUGGAUUUCUUUUAUGAAAAAGUAGUUUUCAGUUUUCUAGAUUUAAUGUGUGACUAACUUUAACUGAUCGAGUGUCUCAGUAAAUAAAGACGCGGCUUUAAAAACGGCUUCAAACUAACUGGGUAAUUCAAAUGAAUGCAUUUAAAAAUGAAGAUGAACCAAUAAAGUUUUCUUCAUACAUCACAACAUGAAUAUGAAAUCGACAUCUCAAGGUAAAUCUGCGUAAACUGAUACAGGUAGCAACUAUUUUAUUUUUCUGACAUUUAAAGUAAAACUAUGUCCAGAGCUUAUCUAUGUUAUAGAUAUUUUGAGGCUGAAAGAAAGCUCUGGAUCAAUAAUAACUUAUUGUGUGGAGCACCUGAUAAUAUGGAUCCAUCACUGCUAACAAAGUAUAUCUGAGGACCUUUUUGAAGAAGGAUUCUUAGAUUUAUUGUCUAUUUACGAAGCAGCUUGUCAGCAUGGACACUUUUAAAAUCCUACUGAAGUGAAUGCUGAAUUUGAUUAAUACUGAUGUGUAAAUCAUUGUGUCAUCUGCAUAGAUACACUCAGCAGACUCUAAGGAUUGACCCUUGUGGGACGCCGUUCUCUCCGUUAACCAGCCCUGCUCUGCAGGUCAGCUGAACAUGCUCAACUUGUACUAUAUGAAAAAUAAUAUGAAUUAAUAUUUAUUUGGGUUUAAAUUGAGCUUUGGAAAUGGAAAUGAACAAACUAAUAACUGUCUCAGAACUCUGUCUCUAUUUGACCUAUAAUUAGGACCAAAUCACCUCGUUUUUGCAGGAAACUUUCUCAUUAAUACAUAGUUUCCCCCAGUUUGGUCAGUGGAGUGGCUUUAAACACUACAGUACCCACAAUCCUCAGCAGUCGUUUGCAAAAUCCAAGAAAAAUCAGUUCAAAUUUCUAAAUUUAUCCAUCAGUCAAAUCAACCUCUAACUUCACCUGGCCAUCAGCUGCCCGGCAACACAGUCUGAAGCUCUCUGAUUGGUUGUUUCUGACAGCAAUGGUUUCUGGGACUUGCAGUUGACCCCGCCACUCUCUGCUUCUCUAUAAAAAGGUCACAAUUUUAAAGAAUUACCGUUAAAAACAACUUCACACUGACUCCAUGUUCCCUCCUCCAGUGUGAAUCUGUUUCUGGAAAAGACAGACAGUUGAUGGACAGUGACCGUAACCGUGGCUACGGCUCAUCAGCUCUGUGAUUGGUUCGUUCCUGUUGUGUUCAUGUACUUCAGCUUGUGUGCAGCAGCUCUGUCGGUGUGAUCACUCGUUUGUCUGUGGUGAAACAAAAACCUUUUCUUUAUCUCACACUCUGAAUUAAAGUCAGUAUCCACCACAAA